AACUAUUUUUCCGCGGAUGUCCCAACUCUCCCAGGCCAUGCCACAGCCGGUCGGGGCGCGUUAAUAAAAUCAGCCAACGAACCGCUGGGUUUCCAUUUCCGUUCAGCUCAUGUUAUUGCUACGAAACCCGAGAAACUAUACCCAGGGCAAUAUCAGAAGGCAAUAAAUCCAGAGCAAGAGCAAGAAGAGCUCUUCUUCUACAGAUACAGACCCGAGCGGCUGGACCAGCUUUGUAAGAUCUCCAACUUCACCAAGAAGGAAAUACAGCUCAUCUACAGAGGAUUCAAACAGGAAUGCCCGACGGGGAUCGUCAACGAGGAGCUGUUCAAGGAUAUCUUUGCUCAGUUCUUUCCCCAGGGAGAUGCUUCCACUUACGCACAUUACGUGUUCCAAACAUUCGUCAAACACCAAGACAGCAAUUACGUCAAUUUUGAGGAAUAUUUGAAGGUGUUGUCGCUCUUGUCCCGGGGUUCGAUGCAGGACAAGGUGACCUGGGUGUUCCGACUAUACGACCUGAACGGCGACGGACGCAUCACCCGAGCAGAGAUGUCCGAGGUCGUGCAUUCCAUUUAUGACCUGCUGGGCAAUGCCACCGUGCCACACGUCAGCGAGUCCGCCGUCAGGGACCACGUCGACAGGGUCUUUGACCAAAUGGACAAAGACCAAAAAGGGACACUAACGAAAGAUGACUUCCUGCGUUGGUGCACCCGUGAUGUCAGCUCGAGGGAAGAAUUGUCAAAGUUCGACACCGUUUUGUGAUCCGCAAUGAAAAUUCGUCAUCUUCGAUGUAUUUAUACCCUCUGGCGGUGAUUUUUUCAGUAAUACUGUAAUUGGGAAAUCCGAACUCUCCCCAGUUACCAACCAACCCAACCUCGUAUACGAACUCAGGACUGAAUUUUCGUUCAUUGUUGUAAUUGUUUUUUUGUAGCUUCCGUCACGUACUGUAGGAAAAUGAGUGAAGGUUUUGGAGACUCUUACGUGAAAUUCCCUGUAGCGAUGCGAGACUGAAGCUGAGAUUCUUUUUUCUUCGCUGAAUCAACUUCCAAAUUUUUCAAAUCGUGUUCUUUUUCAACCAUGAAGAAAGGCACCAGAUGCAAGAGAAACUCGUGAAGUAAGUCAUCGAAUGUGCAAAUGUCUCCAGCUAUGUUUGUAUUUGUGAACGUGACAUUCCUUUUUACUAUAGUACAUCAAGUGAAAUCUUCCAAAAAAAAAUUCAAUUAUAUUCUUGAGACGCUUGAGAAUUUGUUGAACAGCGGAAUUGAUUGAAGCACUUCGUGUACAACGCGUUUCGAUUUUCUUAUUUCAUCAAUACUCGUACAAUCGUACUUUCAAAAUCUUUCAGAUUUUCAAAGUUAUUCGUUCCGAAAAUUUCGAAACGUUUAGAAUUAUUUUACAGAUUUUUAAUCAGUUAUUAUCGAGGGGGUGUGUGGAAAAUUGCACACGGACACGACCCACUGGAAAAUGAACCCGCGGGUCUGCGUAUUUGAAAAAAAAAAAAGACGGAAAUUUGGUUUUUCCUGAAAUCGAUAAUAGGCUGUUAUUUUUCUGACAUUUUAUCUUCGUUUACGAGUACUCUGACGUAAUAAUCAAAUUCGAGUUUGAUGAGACAGAUCAGACAACGAAGUUGGAGGAAGUCCUUCCGCGUGGGAGAGUUUGUAUAGUUCCAACGGCUAGUUUAUGCCAGUUUCUGGGAAAAGGCCCAAGUUGUUUGCCCCUCUUAAAUCCUAACAGGAAUAGGAUUGUUUUUCCUUGUAUUCCUAUAUUUUUACUUGUGUCAUCAGCGAUGAAUGAGGUGAGCAAUCACAGAAACAAAGAAGCAAAAUUCGCAGCAACAACAAAAGGAUAGGGUUGGCUUUCCAACGCUAGCUUGCACCAUGAUCAGCUUCAAAGGAAUUGCUCUCCUUGUUGUUUUUGUGUGUAUGCCAUUUCCAGAAUUAGACUGAAUAAACCCAACCUGUUCCCAACUG